CAAAUCCAUUACCAUGUCAAACCGCAGAAAUGAAACUGUUCCCCUGAAAAGUACCUGAUGAAGUGGUGACCGAGCAGAGAUUACCCGAGGAGCUUGUAACAAGAAGCAACAACAACAACAACAACAACAACAACAUGUUUGGUAAAAAGAAGAGAGCACCGCAGCCCAGAGGCCAGGGUGCUGCUGCAGCGAAGCAGAUGGGUCUGUUUGUAGACCCCGAGGAGAUGAUGAUGGGCAUGGAGGGGGAUCUGGACGACCCAGACCUGGAGGCUGAACUCGCUGCUAUCACUGGAAAUCAAGCUGGAGGGAGAGCCAAGCACAAAGGAAAGAGUCCGCUGCCCAUGGAAGACAUCGCCAGGAUGGCUGAUGAGUGUAUGAGAGACGUGGACGAUGAUGAAGAUGACGGUAACCUGGAGGAUGAUGAGGAUCUAUUGGCAGAGCUGCAGGAAGUGGUGGGUGAGGGUGACGGGGAUUGCGAGGCUGAGGAUGCUGUCACGUCUUCUGCUACUGCUGAGUCUCCUCAAGCUGAAACAGCAGAGUCCCCAGAGUCACAGCAGAAGGAAGUAAAAGUCCCGACUGCAGCGCCCGGCACCCUCCAGCACACUCUGGAGGAGCGGUUAACCAUGUACAAGACUGCGUCAGAAAACGCCAAAGCUGCAGGGGAGACCUCCAAAGUCCGCAGAUACGAUCGCGGCCUGAAGACUCUGCAGUCAAUGGUAGCUGCUGUGAAAAAAGGGAGAGCAGUGAACGAGGCAGAGAUCCCUCCUCCUGUUGCCACUGGAGCCCCGACUGAGCCCUCCCGUCCUGCUGUCCCCCAACGACUUCCUCCCCCUGUGCCCUCCCGGCGUGAGUCCACGCCGUCAGAUCAGCAGGAGAAGUCGGAGGUUGUCACUCCUGGCAGUGAAGAGGAGAAGUCCUCCUCCAGCACGCUGCCUACUCUGAGCAGUGCCCCGUCUCCAGAGGAGCCGACAGAGGAACCCACAAGACAACCUCUCACCGAUGCAAAUGAGGAAACCAAGAGGAUGCUUUUGGAGAGGCAGAAAGAGUACAAGAUGGCCGCUCUGAGAGCCAAGAAGCAAGGAGACGUGGAGCAAGCUAAGCUUCACUUCAAGACCAGCAAGAGGUUUGAUGCUGUGAUCGUGGCGUUGGAGAGCGGACAAGCUGUCGACCUAAGUUGCCUUCCUCCUUCUCCUGAAGACGGUACAGGCGGGGGUUCUACUCCUGUGAAAAGCCCCCCCUCCGUGUCAGAUAUAGAAGUCACUAAACCGGUUACAGCAGCUCCAGUCUCUGCCCCCCCAUCAGCUCCAGCAGUGCCCAAAGACGUGCUGGAGGCUCUGGAGCAGAGACGAGCCAAGUACGCCGAGGCGUCCAGUGAGGCCAAAGCCAGUGGAGACGACCGCAAGGCUCGAAUGCACGACCGCAUCGCUAAGCAAUACCAGAGCGCCAUCCGAGCUCACAAAGCAGGGAAAGCUGUCAACUUUGAGGAGCUGCCUGUUCCCCCUGGGUUUCCUCCGAUCCCGGGUCAGAAGGCGACGGGAGUAGAACAGGGAUUCAUCGCUGCUCUACAGGCAGCAGAUAAGCUAGCCUCAACAGAUGCUACUGAAUUAGCAAACGAAGAAGAAGACGACGACGAGAAGGAGGAGGAGUCUAAGCCAGCUCCUCAAGUGGCACCAAAGAAGCCCACAUUAGACAUCCCAACUGCAGGUCAAGGAAAAAAAAGGACCCCAUCCCCUUCCCCUGACAGAACUUCAACCAGAGAAGGACUCUCACUUACAGCGGUUCAACAGCUGGAGUUCCUGGAGGGCAGGAAGAAGCAGUACAUGAAGGCGGCUCUGCAGGCCAAGCAGAAGAACGAGAUGGAGCAGGCGAAGAUCUUCCUCCGUACCGCUAAAGGCUUCGACCCCAUGAUCGAGGCAACGCGCAGCGGUAAAUCUGUGGACAUCAGCAAGGUGCCGUCGCCCCCUGCUGACGAAGACGAAGACUUCAUCCUGGUACAUCACAGCGACGUGCAGAUCUCGGAGAAAGCAGAGCAGGUCUACACACAGCUGGUCAACAUCCUGAAGGAGCAGUACGAGAAAUGUAUGACCCACUCAAAGCAGUUCACUCACCUGGGGAACGUGGCAGAAACAACAAAGUUUGAGAAGAUGGCGGCGGGCUGUAAGAGGAGUCUGGAGGUCCUGAAGCUGGCUCAGUCGAGAGGUCUUUCUCCUCCUAAACAUCACUUUGAGGAGAGAUCGUUUCACACCGUCAGGAUAUUCCCAGAGCUGAGCAGCACUGACAUGGUCGUUGUUAUCAUCAAAGGGAUGAACCUUCCUGCUCCCAAUGGGAUCCAAACCAACGACCUUGAUGCCUACGUGAAGUUUGACUUCCCCUACCCCAGCACGGAGCAACCGCAAAGAAACAAAACUUCUGUCAUCAAGAACACAAACUCUCCAGAAUACAACCAAAGCUUCACCCUGUCAAUCAACCGUAACCACCGCGGCUUCAGGAGGGUGGUGACGUCGAAAGGUCUCAAACUGGAGCUGCUGCAUAAAGGCGGCUUCUUGCGGAGCGACAAGCCGAUCGGGACGGCGCUCGUGAAGCUGGAAAAACUGGAGUCACAGAGUGAAAUCAGGGAGAUCGUAGAGGUGAUUGACGGCCGUAAGCCGACAGGAGGUCGUGUGGAAGUCAAGGUCCGCCUGCGGGAGCCUUUGAGCGGGCAGGACAUGCAGACGAGCACUGAGCGCUGGCUGGUCAUCGACCAGUCACAGGUUCUUGUUUAGAUGCUGCUUCAGAAAGAAUGAUGAUACUCAAGAUAAAGAUUUAAGUCAUUCAAUCAAAUUUGAAGAUUUGGAGAAAGAGGAGAACGAGGACAGAGUUUGUGAUGUGGUGAGGACAACCUGUCGUUCAGACUGGACACACACCUACACGGGUUUUUGACUUGCUAGAACUUUUGCACAUUUGCAAGACAUGAGAGCUCCCCUUCACACACUGCAGUCCACCAGGGGGAGACAUGGAGCUGGUUCACGGUAGGUCAGCUGGUGUCUGGAUCUUCAGGAGCUUAGCAGUGACACCAGAAUGACCAACAAAAACUAAGACUGCUAAAUCAAAGGAAAGAUUAUUUUAUGAGUCAAGAUAUAAGCUCAUGAGGCGUCAGGAAGAAUCUCUUAAUGAGAUAAAAAAUCAGAGAAAACGAUGCUAGUGGUCCUGAAAGUCUCCUCCUGCAUCUCUCCUGGAGGACAGAAAGUGUCCUGUGCUGAAGCUAAAGGGGCUCAGUGUCGAGCUGACCAGAUCCUGCUGCCAGACAUAACUCCAGUUCAUAUAAAAUAUAUAUCAAAGCACGUGUACAUAUUCCUCAUAUUACUCAGCUCUGGUAUCUAGAACUGCACCUAUGCACUAAUACCAAAGUAAUCACUGUUGCUGUAUCAUCCUGCAUAUUUGAAAUUGCCUUUUGCUGCUGAACUAGUUACCAUGACACGGGGGGCUUAAUAUGGUGACGGGACACGGGCAGGUUCGGACGUGAUUUCUCACAUUUCAUCUGAUGUUUAGAACGCAGGUAGCAGCACCCUCACAAAUGUUUUACAGGAGUAAGCCAAGAAAUAAUGAUACUAUUAAAGGUUUAAUAACGUAAUACACAUAAGACCACCUUCCUUUCUUUGACACCUUUUCGCUCUAAUUUAAAAAGUCACUAACUGUGGUCCCUUUAUUGCACUUAUCUGUGGCUUUAGAUUAGAUUGUAUAUUUAUCUUGUUUACACUCCGUAGCAUAAAUCAAAGAGUUUCAGUCUAAAGAGCUUUAUGAAGAUUUAUCUCAAGGCAAAUGUCUCUAAUUACUCAGACCAUGAGGUGGUUAAAAAGGGAUCUUUAGUUCAAAUAUCAGUUGAAUGCAUUAGAGAUAAUUUCAAGGGGAAUAAACUUCUUUGUUUUUUACUGUGCCACAUGAGAAGAUUUGUACCUCUCUCGGGUCUGUUUGUUAAAUAUGAAGCCAGAGUUCAAGACACCAGCCAACAUCUGUAGAGCUUACCGAACACCAGGACAAGAAACUUCAGUGUCUUCUUUUGUCUUCCUCGUACUGAUGCGAUAUGAUACGAUGCAAUAUCAUACGCUACGGUAUGAUACGAUUUGAAACCAUGAGAUACAAUAUUCUUUGUCCGUUUGGGGAAGUUUUGACUCGGGUGAUAAAAUGAUUUAUUCAUCUUUGGAGUUUAAACUCUUGACAGUUAGGCUAACCAUUACCCCAUGCUUUUAGUGUUUAUGCUAAGCUAAGCUAAUUGCGUCCUGACUUCUGCACAUUGUUAGAUCACAAAGGAGAGAUUGGUAAAUAUCCUUUAAUCAGACUCUCAACAUAGAAAGCAAACACGUGUUUGUCCAUGAUAACUUCAAAGGGUCAUUUAAUUAUUUUUAAACCUAGAUUUAGUUUUAAUUACCGGUAUAUAUUUUUGAGGCAAAUUCUUCGAUCUCCUCCUCUAACUCUGGUUAACUUUUCAACUAUCAGAUUCCUCCGACAGUUUACCUCUCGACAUGAGAGAGUAAACAUGAGUCUGUCUCAAAAAGCUCUUUGUGUCUACACCAGUUUAAAACUGACUUAAGCUUUUUGUCAUCGUUAAGCCCCUAAAAUAAGUGGGACAAAAGCUUCAGGUUAAAAUACCGGAGUAACUAAGUUAAAGUAUUUGUUUAAGCUAUGCAUCAGAUCCUGAAUCCUUGACUGAAUCCUUCAAAUUCUAAUAAAGGGCCAGUUCACCCAAAUUAGUGAAGCACUUAUAUUUCAUAGUUAAUAUGUUAGUCAGAGUAUACACAUAGUUUAGCCUGUUUAGAAAUCGAGGACAAAUCUCUUCCUGCUGUUCUAGUCCAAGACUAAAAUACUGACUAACAGGGCGUUUAAUUUUCUCAUAUUUUAUAAAAACUCUUCUAGUAAUGUAACAUCACUGGAACAAGUCUCCACCUUGUAUUUCAUCUUAAACGAACAUUGUUGGUUUGAGUUAUGAAGAAACAAACGUAAGAAGAGAAAUGUUUUGGGAGUCAUUUUGAGUGAGCUGGCCCGUCGAGGUUCAAACUGCAGCGUUGUGAUGAAAGCAACGCGACAGGCCGUAACACACGUCACUGAGCCAACCACAUUAUUCAGUUUGCCACCAGGUUUACCUCAACAUUGUCUGCAACAUUGCUACCUUUCCAAACAUUUAUGUGGGGUCACAACAUUUCACUUCAUGACUUAAAGAAACUCACAAAUGACUGACUUAACUUCCUGCAUUGAUUUUAAUAAUGUUACCUGUUCUAUUUCUGUGGAGACAUUGAGAUGCCCAACAUGUUUACGAAUAAUGAAUGAUGUCACUUUGUUUCUAUUCACUCAAUAAUCUCUAAAUCAGAAUCAGCUAUAUUUCGCUUUUCAAUUGUGGACUGGAUUGGCCUGCCCACCUUUCAAAUGUACCCAUUAAAAAAGUGUCCUGUUUUAAUUUGAGCUGUCCAGUAUGUGUUUAUUUCUGGAGUAUUUAUAAUAAACAGAAGGUCAUUG